UGUAUUGUUUGCUUGGUUUUGUUUGCCUCUUGCAACAUUUUGUCCUGACUCAUUGCUGGGAAUAAAUACACUCAAACCAAGUCCAGGAUCAAAAACAGUAAAGAAUUCUGCGGUGCCUUUCAGUGCUUUAAAGAUGAACUUGUGGAUGCUCCUGACUUUCACUGCGCUGGCUGAAUGCGCCCACUCUUGCCCAGAUCUGUGCUCCUGUUCCUUUCCACCUUCAGGUGCAGAGGUGGUGUGCAGCCAAAGCUCCCUCACACAUUUCCCUGUAGAUGGUUUACCCUCCAACACCACUCGGCUAUCCGUCCAAUCCACCAAACUUAGCAGUAUCACAGCCAGUCAUUUGAGUCCUGUGCCUCUUUUAAACAACCUCCAGCUUUAUCACAACAACCUGACAAGCCUUCCUUCAGAUCUACUGAAGGAAGUUCCUCACUUGAACAUGUUGGAUGUGACAGGAAAUCAGCUGGUUCAUCUACCUCCAAAUGUCUUCAGCCAUGCCUCACUUCGUAGUCUUGUGCUGAAGAAUAAUCUGAUUGAAAAAGCUGAUGCUGAGUGGUUUCCUGGCAACAGUAGUGUGAUCUGGCUGGACUUGUCUGGAAACCGUUUAACUGGUGUAUCUGCCGCUCUGCUUCAGAAGCUGCCCAAUCUGGAAAAUCUAGACUUGAGUGACAACAAUCUGCAAGAUCUACAACCUGACGCACUGAAGAACCUGCACCGCCUGGAGACACUGAAUGUCGCUGGAAACAAAUUAAGCUCCCUGAAACCUACAAUGUUCACCCACAACCCAAAACUGUCCCAACUGUUUUUGCAUGAGAAUCAGCUCCAAGAGCUGCCGGCGACCCUCCUCCAGGGUCUCCAGCAUCUUGAUCUUCUGAUGCUCAAUCAGAAUCAGCUGCAGCAUUUCCCCUCGGAGCUGCUGGAUGAGAGAAAAUCCUCUUUCCAGAUGAUCUUAACAGGAAAUCCCUGGGUGUGCGAUGAGAGGAUGGAGCAUCUGUGGAAGUGGCUCGCUGUCCAUCCUCAAAAUGUCAUAUUUUUGGAGGAUGUGACAUGUGCAGGGCCUGAAGCUCUUAAACACCGACAGUUGGUCUCUUUAACUGACAGUGAGCUUGGACUUCACAAGGUUAAAAAUGAGUGAUUAGGAGGUGGUAAAAAAAAUUGCAUUUAUUGUUUACAUUUCACUAAAAUCAUAUGUAAAAUGAUACAUUAUUCACUGUGUCAAAGGCUGAAAUAAAACUUUAUAAUUCA